AUGCGAGCUAUUGUGAUGCACAAUAUAGGUGGCCCUGAGGUGUUGAAACUUCAAACGGUUCCAAAGCCAACACCCACAGAGGGAGAGGUGCGCAUACGCAUCAAGUCCUUUGGGCUCAAUCGAUCGGAAGUAUUCACGCGUCAAGGUGAUUCACCCGGUGUGACAUUCCCGCGUAUUCUGGGCAUCGAAGCUACAGGAAUCGUCGAUGAGGCCCUGGAUUCAGGCUUCAAAGCUGGCGAGGUCGUCGUCACUGCAAUGGGCGGCAUGGGCCGAUCCUUCGAUGGCGGAUAUGCCGAAUACACGGCUGUGCCGGUAGACCAAGUACGACGCGUCGAUGCCACCGCUGCCUUUGGCCCCGAUCGGCCCGUGCCUUGGGAUAUCUUGGGCGCUCUUCCUGAACUUAUGCAGACGGCUUGGGGUUCCCUGUUCACCAGUCUCGCGCUAUCUCCCAGUGACCGCUUGUUGGUCCGCGGCGGAACUACCAGCGUGGGGUUGGCAGCUGCGGCCCUCGCUCGAUUGCAUGGAAUCUCUGUCACUGUAACAACACGGAAUCCAGCACGCGUAGAGUUCUUACGUGGUCUUGGUAUUGACGACGUCAUUAUCGACGGGGGAUCGAUAUUGGCUGAGGUCCAGAAACGUGCUCCGUUUGGGAAAAUCCUUGAACUGGUUGGGGUAACCACGCUAAACGACUCUCUGCAAUGUGCGGCGCCUGGUGGUACUGUUUGUAUGACGGGUAUAGCUGGGAACAAAUGGACCUUUGACCAGUUCACGCCCAUGGGGUCGAUACCGACCUCUGUUAAGCUGACCACCUAUACGAGUACCACGGAGGCAGUACUGAAAACGCCCAUUGAGGAGAUCGCUCGGGAUCUGGUGACAGGCAAGAUUCACUUGCCAAUCAAGACCUUUCCGAUGGAGAAAAUUGUGGAGGCCCAUCGGUUGAUGGAGGAAAAUGGGGCAUUGGCGAAGAUUGUGAUGAUUGUUUAA